UUCAAUAACCGUCGUUGUUGUGGUUCAGGAAUACAACCGUUGAUACCGCCUCUUCGUUUUUCGCGUUCGCCAUCGGUAUCGUCGCGAAAAAAAGUGUCUCGUCGGUUCGUGUGCGCGCGUGGUGCGGUCGUUCCGAGUGCGUUUUUUCGUCGCCACCGCCGCCGCCGCCGCCGCCUAGUGUCUCGUUGUUGUCUGCGCGUGGCAGUCGCCGCGGCUGCCCCGUCGCUGUGUAUGCGUACGUGUGAUGCGUGUCCGCCGAAACGCCGCCGGAACCAUCGUCGUCCAGAGCACCGGCACCACCACCACCAGCACCGGCACCAACGGCAUCAAUAGCAUCGGCGUAACGUCGUCGUAGCGAUGGCGUCGUGCAAACGGCCGUGCUGCAGCCGCAGCACGGGCGUAGCCAACAAGCGGCUGUGCUGCAGGGACGGGGCGUCCACGUCGUCGUCGUCCGGCGGCGGCGGCUCGGGCCAAUGCCGCACGGUCGACUCACUGUUGGAUAUCACCGCGCGCAUCGUGGCCGAGACCAUACCGUUCCAGCGCAUCGAGGAACGGUACAGCCGCAUACCGGAACCGGUGCAGCGGCAGAUCAUCUACUGGUCGUUUCCUCGCAACGAGCGUGACAUAUUCAUGUACUCGUCGCUGAUACGCGUGUCGCAAGCCAGCUCGUCGUCGCAAAACUCGGAGCAGAGCAACCUGUCCUUUUACAAGGGACUCAAGUUGCUGGAGACCGGGUGCGUGGACCGGGUGCUGCAAGUCGGAUUCCAUCUAAGCGGAGUGGUGUGGAAUCAGAGACCCGGGUCGCCAUCCUACAACCAUCCCGACCAGGAGAACAAAAAACACAAAGUGUCAGUCAGCUUCGACCGGUGCAAGAUAACGUCGGUAACAUGCAGCUGCGACACGAAAGACAUAUUCUGGUGUCCCCACGUUGUAGCCUUGUCCUUGUACAGGAUACGGAACGCGGACAGUGUCAGGCUCAGGGUCCCCAUAUCAGAAACACUUUUACAAAUGGAUAGACAACAGCUGCAAAAGUUCGUGCAGUACCUCAUAUCAGAACACCACACCGAAGUAUUGCCUACAGCUCAAAAACUAGCCGAUGAGAUCUUGCAGCAACGCUCCGAGAUCAAUCAGAUAGCCGGAGCACCGGACCCGACUGCUGGGCCGAGCGCGGACGACGAGCACACGUGGCACCUGGAUGAGGAACAGGUAUGCGAGCAGGUCCGGUCGUACCUGACGCACGGCAGCUACUACAACGCGAACAAGCAGCUCAACUCGCUGUUCGCCAAGGUGCGCGAGAUGCUGCGCGCCCAGGACUCGAACGGCGCUCGCAUGCUGACGCUCAUCACUGAGCAGUUCCUGUGCGACCCCAGGCUGGCGCUGUGGAAGUCCCAGGGCACGCCGAUCACGGAUAAGUGCCGGCAGUUGUGGGACCAGCUGGGCGCGCUAUGGGUGUGCAUCGUGCUCAACCCGCACUGCACGGCGCAGGACAAGAGCCAGUGGAAGACAUUGCUGGAGAAGUGGACGCACGUAGACAUAUGUCCGCCCGAAGACCCGGACAUGUUGGCACUGCCGCCUGCUUUCAACGACAGAAAUCACCAUCCGCCCACUGAGAACGGUUUGGACGAGGACGUGGACAACGUCAACUACAGGCCGUCGUCCCGGUCUAGCAGAUCGAGUCCCAGGUACAGGAGUAGUUAUCCGAGCACCAGCCAGCGGAUAAACCGAACGAUAUUCCACAGGGCUUUGGACGCGGUGAGCAUGUCGUGGGACAAUAUUCACCUGAAGAACGUGUUGUCCAGCGACACAUACAGCAGUCAUAUACCAGACAGCACGCAGUCGGGCAGCUUCAACGAGCUAGGACAGCCUCUGUGGCACGAGCUGCUGGCCACGUGCGCGUCCCGCGUGGAUGCACUCAGGUCGCACGGCCACCAUGCGGCAGCGCUUAGGCUGGCCGUGUGCGUGGUGCGCACCAUGAAGCAGCAGCAGCUAGACGCGCAGCGCCGGUGGCAGGAGAGCCAGAAGCCGCCGCCGCCACGGUGCCCGUCCCGGCACUCCAACCCGCCGACUCGGUGCUACGAGCUGCGGCCUGCGCAAUCGUGUUCAUACGACACGUACUCGCAGACGCGGCCGUGCUCGUCCCGGUGCGUGUCGUGCCCCAUGGUUGGCGGCUACGACCGGCUGUCCGCGUCGUCGUCCAGCGGCGGUGGCCCCAUGUCGUCGGCCGCAUCCUCGGCGUCUUCAUCCCCGUGCAGUCUAUCCCGGUGCGGGUACAAUGACUCGCGGUCCGGCUACGCGACCGGCGGCGCGGGCUGUUCCAGUUAUAGGUGUACGGCGUUCGCGGACGCCCCGCGGCCCAACGUGUGCACGGCAUCCCGGUGCAACAGCUAUUGCACUUACUACGACAAUCAUCCGCCGCUCCGGGUUCCGGGCCCUAUGUCCGGUGGCUUUGGCGGCGGCGGCAGCAGCAGCUCCGGCCUGGGCGGUGGCGGCGGUGGCAGCGGUUCAUCCGGUUACCGGUACCCCGAGCGCACCAACAGCCGGAACGGCGGUAGCAGUUCCAGCAGUUCUCGCGGCGGUGGUAGUGGCAGCGGUGGUGGUGGCAUGGGUUCCAACCAGCAGACCGCCGUACUGCACAACAGCUGGACCGAAGGAUGGGUCGGUCAUCCGAUGGACCCUAUCGGCUGUCUGUUCGACACACUGACUGAUGCAUCUAUAGUUCCUGAUCCAAACGUGCCUCAUUCGUCACCGUCAUUUUUCGACGCCAACGCAUCCGAAGAGGGAACCCUGCGGCCCACCCCUCGUCUCACACACAUACCCGUCGCCGGUUCGCAGGAUCGCUCCGAAACGUACCUGUCGCUGGCCGUCGAAGUGGCACUCAUCGGUCUCGGCCAACAGCGUAAUAUGCCUCCUGGACUGUACGCUCAGGAAAAGGCGUGCAAACAAGAAGACAGACUGAUAGCCAAACUACAAGAACUGGAUAUGGAUUCGAAUCUUGUGGGUGUUCUACGUCGGCAGGCCAUAGUGCUGUUGGAAGGAGGUCCAACCAGUGGCCUAGGCCAUGGCGUUCACAGGGACAGCAUACCUAUGCACACGUUCGCCCGUUUCCUAUUCGUCGCACUGCUCGACUACUACCCUGAUCUGGCCUACGACGUAGGUCUACGAGCGAUGAGAUUACCAAUUUUGGAGGACCAUGAAGACUCGGACAAUCCAAAUGGCAACCCUUCUUCCGUGAUGUUGAACCGGUAUCCGCGAUGGUUCACUCUGGGCCACAUCGAAACACAACAGUGUACGCUAGCAUCUACAAUGCUGAGCGCUGCCAAAGGAGAACUACUGCGACUGAGAACAGUACUGACAUCGGCACAACGACACAUACAUAGCUCAUCACAUCUGUUUAAAUUGGCGCAAGAUGCGUUUCGUUUCGCUACACCAGAAAACGGACCAAGGCACCCACCGUUGUUGACCGUCGCCUUCGAACUCGGAUUACAGGUAAUGCGCAUCACGCUGGCUUCUUUGAACUGGCGACGUCGCGAAAUGGUCCGGUGGUUGGUGACCUGUGCUACCGAAGUCGGCAUGGAUGCUCUGACAUCUGUGAUGCAAAAUUGGUUCCAACUGUUCACGCCCACAGAAGCCACAGGACCCGUGGCCACAACGAUCAUGUCGCAUAGCACCAUGCUGCGGUUGAACUUGUCGUUCGAACAACAAGAGAAACUGUCAAGCUACGCUCGCACUUUGGCCCUUCAAUGCGCGUCCAAGGAUCCACCGAACUGCGCGCUGAAUGCUCUGACGCUGUGCGAGAACGACGCCACCGCCUUCGAGGCUGCUUACCAAAUCGUGUUGGACGCCGCGUCGCACAUCAUGACUUCAUCGCAGCUGUUCACGAUCGCCAGGUACAUGGAACACCGAGGAUAUCCGAAUCGUGCGUACAAGCUCGCGAUGCUCGCGAUGAAAAACGUCCACUUGGCGUACAACCAGGACACUCAUCCAGCCAUCAACGACAUACAUUGGGCCUGCGCACUGAGCCACUCUUUGGGCAAAAACGAGUUGGCCACCAUGAUCCCAUUGCUGGUGAAGAACGUGCAGUGCGCCACCGUGCUGUCCGACAUCUUGCGCAGGUGUUCGAUGACGCCGCCCGGCAUGACUUGUGCUCAUACGUUACCUCCGCCCGAUACAAAUUUUUUCAUGUCCCCAGGUAAACACCACCAUCACCACCAUCACCACCACCAUCACCACCAUCACCGGAACAACGGCAACAGCUCCUCGCGGUGCAGCAUGAUGAAGGGCCUGUCGUACGAACGGGCGCCGCUGCGCGUCCUGCUGGAGGCCGCGGUCGCCGCGUACGUGAACACCACUCACUCGCGGCUUACGCACAUAUCGCCCAGGCACUAUGCGGACUUCAUCGAGUUCCUGGGCAAGGCCCGGGACACGUUCCUACUAGCGCAUGACGGCCACGCGCAGUUCGCACAGCUACUGGACAACAUGAAGCUGGCAUACAAGGGCAAGAAGAAGCUCAUGUUCCUGGUGAAAGAACGCUUCGGGUGACUAGGGCAUGGCGCGGCGACGCCUUUCCGUCGAUGAUUGAUGCGGUGUGCUCGCGCCGAGUGCACGGUGUAUACAGACUUACAACAACGACACCCGCACGACGUGCUCACCACACCCGCACCCGGUCAGACGCGAAAUCUGCAAUGCCGCGCUCGAGAAAAACAAGUCAUCGGUGAAGUUACCUCCGCUAAUAACCAUACCUAUAACAUUAUCUAUAAUGUCUCUUAUUUAAAUUGCUACUACAUGUUUUUCCACGAAUAAUAAUUUUUCUCGUUA